UUGACCACCAUCUAUCUAUCAUCUCGUCUGUUAAGCUGGCGUUGACCUGCCAUCACCACCGAUUCGACGAGCGAUCAGGCUGCUGAUAUGAUGCUGCUACACCGUACCAUGCAUGAUGCAGCAUACGACGGAGAACCAAGCAUUGCUAGCUAGGUGUAUUGUCUGUCUUGUCCGUGGCCGUGUCUAUAUAAGGAGCACCCCUCUAGCACUCUAUCUCUCCUCACCCCUCCACGCCAGUUCUUAUUGCUGCUCUAGCUAGCUAGCUAGCUAGCUCCUCCUUGGGUGGUCUGUCGGUUGAGCUAGCUAGGAUCGAUGGCCGGAGGCGCCAUCGUGAACACGGCCGGGGGCAAGGAUUACCCCGGCAAGCUCACCCUCUUCGUCUUCUUCACCUGCGUCGUGGCCGCCACCGGAGGGCUCAUCUUUGGAUAUGAUAUCGGUAUCUCAGGCGGCGUGACCUCCAUGGACCCGUUCCUGAAGAAGUUCUUCCCGGAGGUGUUCCGGAAGAAGCAGGAGGCCAAGACCAACCAGUACUGCAAGUACGACAACCAGCUGCUGCAGACCUUCACCUCCUCGCUCUACCUGGCCGCGCUCGUCGCCUCCUUCUUCGCCGCCACCGUCACCCGGGUGAUGGGACGCAAGUGGUCCAUGUUCGGCGGCGGCCUCACCUUCCUCAUCGGCGCAGCGCUAAACGGCGCGGCAGAGAACGUCGCCAUGCUCAUCGUCGGGCGCAUCCUACUCGGAGUUGGAGUCGGAUUCGCCAAUCAGUCUGUGCCGGUGUACCUGUCGGAGAUGGCGCCGGCGCGCCUCCGCGGCAUGCUCAACAUCGGGUUCCAGCUGAUGAUCACCAUCGGCAUCCUGGCGGCGGAGCUCAUCAACUACGGCACCAACAAGAUCAAGGCCGGCUACGGGUGGCGCGUCAGCCUGGCGCUGGCGGCGGUCCCCGCCGGCAUCAUCACCCUGGGCUCCCUCUUCCUGCCCGACACCCCCAACUCGCUGCUGGAGCGCGGGCACGCCGACGAGGCCCGCCGCAUGCUCCGCCGGAUCCGCGGCACGGAGGAGAUCGGCGAGGAGUACGCGGACCUGGUGGCGGCGAGCGAGGAGGCGCGGCAGGUGCGCCACCCGUGGCGCAACAUCUUGAAGCGCCGGUACCGGGCGCAGCUGACGAUGGCGAUCAUGAUCCCCUUCUUCCAGCAGCUCACCGGCAUCAACGUGAUCAUGUUCUACGCGCCGGUGCUGUUCGAGACGCUGGGGUUCAAGGGCGACGCCUCGCUCAUGUCCUCCGUCAUCACCGGCCUCGUCAACGUGUUCGCCACCGUGGUGUCCAUCUUCACCGUCGACCGGCUCGGGCGGCGCAUGCUGUUCCUGCAGGGCGGCACCCAGAUGAUCAUCUGCCAGGUGGUGGUGGGGACGCUGAUCGCCGCCAAGUUCGGCACCAGCGGCAUCGGCGAGAUGCCCAAGGGCUACGCGGCGGUGGUGGUGCUCUUCAUCUGCGUCUACGUGGCGGGCUUCGCCUGGUCGUGGGGCCCGCUGGGGUGGCUGGUGCCGUCGGAGAUCUUCCCGCUGGAGAUCCGGCCGGCGGGGCAGAGCAUCAACGUCUCCGUCAACAUGUUCUUCACCUUCUGCAUCGCGCAGGCCUUCCUCACCAUGCUCUGCCACUUCAAGUUCGGCCUCUUCUACUUCUUCGGCGGAUGGGUCGUCAUCAUGACCAUCUUCAUCGCGCUCUUCCUGCCGGAGACCAAGAACGUGCCCAUCGAGGAGAUGGUGCUCGUAUGGAAGUCGCACUGGUUCUGGAAAAAGUUCAUCGCCGACGAGGACGUGCACGUCGGCGGCAACCACCUGCAGAUGGCAUCCUCCAACAACGGCAAGCAGGGGGCAGACGCCUGAUCUGAUUGAUGAUGAUUUGUACAUGCGGAUCCCCCCUCCCCUUCCUCCCUUGGCUUGUGAUCCAUGCUUGCCCUUGCUCCUCCCCUUCCAUGAUUCCAUCAAGUAGCUACCGUUAGCAUUCGCUUGUGUAAGGAGUGUUUGUUGUUACGCCCAUUAAUUCUUGCAUGCAAAAGAUGAACACGAAUGUACCAAUGCCAAUUAUCCAUCU